GACGCGAAUGUGAGGUGGGCCUUGGCCUCCGCCCGGGCUUGGAGGGUGUGGUCGCCGCUGUCUACGGCGUGAGCGCCGCGCGGCUGCAGCAUGCCUCACAGGAAGAAAAAGCCCUUUAUAGAGAAGAAGAAAGCCGUGUCUUUUCAUUUGGUCCACCGGAGCCAGCGAGAUCCUUUAGCAGCAGAUGAGACUGCACCCCAGAGGGUUCUGUUGCCCACACAGAAAAUAAAUGAUGAAGAAAGGCGAGCAGAACAGAGGAAGUAUGGAGUGUUUUUUGAUGAUGACUAUGACUAUCUGCAGCACCUGAAGGAGCCAUCUGGGCCCUCAGAGCUUAUUCCUUCAAGUACCUUCAGUGCACCCAACAGGAGAGAUGAGAAAGAAGAAACUUCAGUAAUUCCAAGCACUGGAAUUAAGUUGCCUUCAUCAGUGUUUGCAUCAGAGUUUGAGGAAGAUGUUGGAUUGUUAAAUAAAGCCGCUCCUGUUUCAGGACCUCGACUGGAUUUUGAUCCUGACAUUGUUGCAGCUCUUGAUGAUGAUUUUGACUUUGAUAAUCCAGAUAAUCUGCUUGAAGAUGACUUUAUUUUUCAGGCCAAUAUGCCAACAGGAGAGGAAGAGGGAAUGGAUAUACAGAAAUCUGACAGUGAAGAUGGCAGUGAGUGGGAAGAUAUGGAUGGUAAGAAGGCAGGAGGUAGUGGUGAUGAGGAGUAUGACUCUGCAGGCCCAUUGUCGGAUGAAGAUGAUUUGUCUGCCCCUGGAAAAUCUCUUGGAGCUGUAGAAAAUCACUUGUUCUGGGACGAGGAAACAAAAAGCCGCUUCACAGAGUACUCUAUGACUUCCUCAGUCAUGAGGAGAAAUGAGCAGCUGACCCUCCAUGAUGAGAGAUUUGAGAAGUUUUAUGAGCAAUAUGAUGAUGAUGAAAUUGGAGCUCUGGAUAAUGCUGAAUUGGAAGGUUCUAUCCAAGUAGACAGCAGUCGCUUACAGGAAGUUUUGAAUGACUACUAUAAAGAGAAGACAGAGAAUUGUGUAAAAUUGAAUACUCUUGAACCCUUUGAGGAUCAAGACCUGCCAGUGAAUGAGCUCGAUGAGUCUGAGGAGGAAGAGAUUAUUACUGUAGUUCUCGAAGAAGCCAAAGAGAAGUGGGACUGUGAAUCCAUUUGUAGUACGUAUUCUAAUUUAUACAACCAUCCGCAACUUAUCAAGUGUCAACCAAAGCCCAAACAAAUUCGAAUAUCUUCUAAAACAGGAAUACCUCUCAAUGUCUUACCUAAGAAAGGACUCACAGCAAAGCAAGUUGAACGAAUGCAGAUGAUUAAUGGCAGUGAUCUGCCUAAGGUAUCAACCCAACCACGUACUAAAAAUGAAAGCAAAGAGGAUAAAAGAGCAAGAAAGCAAGCUAUAAAAGAAGAGCGCAAGGAACGGAGAGUGGAGAAGAAAGCUAACAAAUUAGCAUUCAAACUGGAGAAAAGAAGGCAGGAAAAGGAGCUGCUGAACUUAAAGAAGAAUGUUGAGGGUCUAAAGCUAUAGACAAUGGAACAUUUAAGACUAGGUACAUUCCCUCUUAUGGGCUCCUCAUUAUGUUCAGUAAUGAACUGGGAUCUUCAGAGAAACAAACUGUUUGCCAUUUUUACUGGCAGAUACAAGUAUUGAAGAGAAAAAUACAAUAUUUGUAUUAUUUUUAUACCAGCAAGUUUCUCCUGCCAGCUGUCUUGUAAAUAUUGUAAAACUUUUAAAUUUAGCAUAAUAAACUUAGAUUUGCUCUGAAAUAAAUGACUUCAUGAAUGUGAAAUGUUUGGAUAAAUUAAAGGAAAAUAUCUUCAUGACUUGAA